AUGUUCGCCAAGUCCGCUGUCAUCCUGGCUAUUGCCAACCUCGCUGCCUCGCACGCUACUUUCCAAAGCUUCGUCAUUGGCGGCAAGGACAUGGGUUCGGGCUUUGCUGUUCAGGAGCCCUCCAACGGCAACAACCCCAUUCUCGAUGUCACCUCCACUGCCAUGAUUUGCAACGGCGGUAAGCCCACCGCUGACCAGGUCGAGGUUGCUGCUGGCUCCACCAUCGGCAUGCAGUGGCACCACAACAAGGGACCCAACCCCAACGACAAGGAUGAGCCCAUUGCUCCCUCCCACAAGGGUCCCGUCAUGGUCUACAUGGCUGAGGCUUCCACCAACGGUAUCGGCAACGUCUGGACCAAGAUCUGGGAGGAUGGUUUCAAGGAUGGCAAGUUCGGUGUUGACAGGUUCUACGACAACAAGGGUUUGAUCUCGAUCAAGCUUCCCAACGUGAAGCCUGGCAAGUACUGGAUCCGCCCCGAGCUCAUUGGUCUCCACGAGGCUUCAGCCCUCGGCAAGGCCCAGUUCUACAACGGAUGCGGUCAGAUCACCGUCACCGGCAGCGGAACUGCUUCCCUCCCUGCCACUGGUGUCGACAUGACCAAGGCUUACAAGGCCACCGACCCCGGUGUCAAAUUCGACAUCUACAACUCCUUCACCUCGUACACUGUCCCUGGUCCCCAGGUCUGGGACGGUGCCUCUUCCGGCAGCGCUCCUUCCACCACUCCCACCACUCCUUCCAACGGCUCCGCUCCCUCCACCCCCUCGCCAUCUCCCGUCGAGGCCGCUCAGCCCGCCACCUCCAAGCCUGCUGAGAACACCACCCCUUCCACUGGCAACAACGGCUCUGCCCUCCCCAAGACCUUCACCAUCAACCAGUUCAUCCAGUGGCUCCAGACCACCGCUGGCUCCGCCUCCUCCAAGGCUCGCCGCCACGCCCGUGCUUUCAACUAA